AUGUUGUCUUUGAAGCCGGGCGCUACACUUGUCCAAAAGUAUAAAAAUUUAUACCAAUUAUGCUUGGACAAGUGUACAGCAUAUACGAAAGUGAGAUGGGUGGCAGAGCUAAGCUUGGUAGUGCUGUUUUUAAACCGUUUUGUGCCUUUGCUGGAUUGUUACGUUUAUGAUAGUAAAUUAUUUGACGACCUAUUAAUAAUUUUUUCGUGUUUCACAUGGGGAUUUCUAUAUGAUAAGCUUUUACAACAAGAGGAAGGAAACUUGGACGUUGGCGAGAAGCUUGAUGAUAUCCAUCCAAUUUUGAGUAGGCCACCUGAGUUCAGAAUCUGGUACUAUUGUAUCGGAACCACUGUAUAUUACAUACUCUGGGAAUUACUCAUACCUCCACUUCCAAAUUGGGUAGGGUCUCUCGCUUUUUUUUUACACAGCACAUAUUGCUUGGCUUAUAUGUUUAAGGUAAUUUUGCAGGGUGAGAACCCUACACACCAAUUUUACUUGGACGUAUGCAAGCGACAUACCAUGGCGAGGUGGAUAUCAGGGAUAGUCUUGUUGUUCUUUGUUGCAUUUCUUUAUAGGUGUCAUUACGCAUGGGAAUUGUGUUACUAUGCACUUGGAAUCUCCAUUUUGGAUGCGUUCAUUAAGUAUCUGAGAAGAAUGCGCGAUAUGUAUUUACAACAAUGCAAAGACAAGAGUGAUCAGGAAGCGAAUGAAGCGUUCAGGGAAUUCCGUCCAUAUCUAAGGAAUUCACCCGAGUUUAUAUUGUGGUGCAGUUGCAUCAAGUACACUGUGUGGUUUCUAGUUCUAUCAUUAUUUAAUUGCUUGCAUGAUCCAGACCUUUUCGGUCUCUACGUAUUGAUUUACGACAUAUGUUGGACUGUAAUAUGUGUGAUAAAAGCUAUCCUGCUUAUGAUCAGCUACAGUACAUACCAACAUCGGCAUGUGGAUUAG